AUGGCGUCGAUCGCUUUACGGCCACUAUCACCCAUAAUCUUCCCGCCGAAACCAUGCAAUCUUCCGACGGAGGACGACUUCAGGUUCGCCUGGGCUUAUCGGAACGCCGUUGAGAAGGCCAUGUUCAUCGGGAGACCGGCGGGGUUGAGACCUGCCCACCUCGUUGAUGCAUACGCGUACGAGACGAAGGUAUACAUGGCGCUGUUCGUGAACGAUGUGCCCUCACAGGGGCAAGAGAUUCGUGAGCUCAUGAACUUUGUGAGAACGAAGGGGACGCAUCUGGAAUAUCUGAUGGAGGUUAUUCACCAGAUCUGCGAGGGCGCACGAUCUGGCUCUCUCCGUUUCGUUUCUUCCGCGGUCCCGCUAACGUUGACGUUGGUUUCUGUAGUACUAUGGCAUGCGCCCUCAUGA